GCUUCUUUGGAAGAUGCUUCUGGUGUUCUUCCCAAUAUGUUUGGGAUUUUGCUAUCCAAAUAAUUUGGUUAUUACACAUCAUUCAUCUCUGUUUCCAGAUCAUUUAUUUUAUAAUGUGUUUUCUAAAAAAGGAACUUUUCAUUUUAUGAGUGUUUUUAAUAGUACUGACAUCAGAACAGACACUUGGACUUCUCCAUGUUUAUUUCCUCCCAUUCUGAAAGCUGUUUCUUUUCUUUUUUAAAAAUCUAGUUUAUCAUUCCAUAAAAGGACUUGUCAUUCUGGAAUUGCCAAGUUUUCCAGCAUGCCCAGUCCAAGUAUACAAGUCUGCUAGAUCACCCUUCCACAAAUUUACUGACUUUCUCUGAAUUCUGAAAGUAAAAUGACAGCCCAUCUUACCAUGUUCAACAUUGAUGCCCCUCGCUGGGACCAGAACACCUUCAUGGGGCGCCUGAAGCACUUUUUCAACAUCACAGACCCAAGGACACUGGCGGUGUCAGAGCAUGAGCUGGACAGAGCAAAGGCAUUGGUGGAGAGCUGCAGGGCAGGCACAGUGCCACCGGGGACCAGCCAGGAGCAACUAUUCUAUGCCAAGAAGCUUUACGACUCUGCUUUCCACCCUGACUCUGGAGAGAAGAUGAAUUUGAUAGGGAGGAUGUCGUUUCAAGUUCCUGGAGGGAUGGCUAUCACCGGCUUCAUGCUACAAUUCUACAGGACAGUCCCAGCUGUGGUAUUCUGGCAAUGGGUGAAUCAGUCCUUCAAUGCCGUUGUGAACUACACCAACCGGAAUGCUGCAAGCGCUAUCUCUGUCAAGCAAAUUGGAGUUGCUUAUGUCACUGCUACCAGUACUGCCUUGGCAACCGCCGUGGGACUCAACCUUUACACCAAGAGAGCCCCAACUCUUGUGGCACGCUGGGUCCCCUUUGCAGCAGUGGCUGCUGCCAACUGUGUGAAUAUCCCUUUGAUGAGGCAACAGGAACUCAUUAAUGGGAUCGCAGUGACUGAUGAGAAUGGCAAUCAUCUGGGUGAGUCCAGGAGAGCUGCAAUCAAGGGGAUAACCCAGGUGGUGAUUUCCCGCAUCACUAUGGCUGCUCCUGGCAUGAUUUUGUUGCCUAUCAUCAUGGAAAAACUAGAAAAGUACCCCUUCAUGAAAAAAAUCCAGGUUCUUCAUGCUCCGUUGCAGACAAUACUUGUUGGGGGAUUCCUUAUCUUCAUGGUUCCAUUUGCCUGUGCUCUCUUCCCACAAAGGAGCUCAAUUGCCUUUUCACAGCUGGAGCCUGACCUCAGGGAAUCUAUUGUGGCCAAAAAUGGGGACAAAGUGCCCUACGUCUAUUUUAACAAAGGCUUGUGAGGAGAGCUUCUGUCUCAAGAAUGCGCUGGAUCUGCUGACCACCUCAGCCCAAAAUAUUUACCUGAUGAUGUAUGGUCUACAGAUGAGCUCAAGAUACUUCAGAAAGAGCAGCACUUUACCUCUGUUCCUCUGUUCCCCUUGCUUUGGGGCGAGGUUGCAUAAAUAUGGGCAAAUGUAUAAAAGAUUUAACCUCACAUCUGUUUCUCACAUCCCCACUCCUUGGCCUGAAAAUGGAUUUGGACUUUGAUCUUUGUCUUCAGUGGAGGAAACCUUCUGUCUGGUCAGAAAUGGAACGAUAACUUUUAACACUCAAGUGCUUCAAUACCCUGUUGAGCUCUUCCUCUCAGCUCUGAAGUUCAUACCUCAGUGUCCUUACUUGCUUCAAGAAAGAAACUUUCCAGUUGCCUUAUAUUUUCCCUAGAAUCCACUCAGCACAUAGGAACAUGGUGUACUGCAUAAUAAAACAGGCAAAUCAUAAAGGAACAAAAAAUCCCUAUAUCCUUUUCUAGGGACUUCAAAAAAAUGUAAAUUCUUCCUGAGCUUGUUGUGCAGUCUGUAUCUGCAUUCAGGCAUGCUUAUUGAGAAUUUUGCUGCCCUGAGCAGGUAGCUGGUUCAGUUCUGAUGUCUUGCAAGCAGACCUCCCAGGAUUUUAGAUAUAAGUGCCCAACAUUUGACCCAUGGCCUGAAAGACCCAUGUUGAAUGGCCUUCAGUUCCAUCCAGUAAGGCUGGGAGGACAAAAGUAUCAGUGCAAUGAUGCUUCUUCUCUCCUUGUGGGAAAAGUCAGAAUGACUCUCAGCCCAGAGAACAGCUGAGAAGCAGAGCUUUUGCCUCCUCCUCCCCCGCCCCUUCCGGUUACAAGCCAGGUGAUAUCAUGAUGUGGUCUACUGGUCAGGGUACAUAAUAGGCCACAUGUUAUGCGCCACUGACUUACUACAAUUAAUACAAAUCCAGCACAUAUAGACACUAUUUAAAACAAAUACAGCUGGCUGCCAAUUAAAAUCUCCCAAGCCUAAUAAUACACUCUCUCUCCUCUUUCUGCUGUUAAUUUACCAGGGAGAGAAAAGAAAAGCAGAGGGAGAGACAGAUGCUAAUAAUAUGGUGAAGAUGGUAAUAAUAUAGCACAAGAUGUAAAUAUGAGUAAGGGAUAAUACUAGGCAAUUGAGUAGCUUGUCGAAAGAGCUGACAUUCAUUGCUCUUUUUUUCCCUAGCAAAUGUAGUUGAGCCCUUGAGAAGUUUGCCUUAAAUCACAUUGGGGCUGGUGAAAACCACUGCAACAUCUGGUCAUUUGCUUGAUUCCAAAGUAGAAGAACUAACUUUGACCAUCUUGGAUAGAGCAUUGGCAGUAACAAUGCCUUGGUGACCUAAGCCAUGAUUCUCCUUGCAGUCUGGGAGUUGUGGCAUACUGGCCAAGAGAAGAGAUUCAGGAGGUGGCUGGUUGUACUCUGAUCUGCCACAAAUUCACUAGGUGGCUCUGUCAGCCAUUAUCUUACUCUUCCUUUCCCAGUACAGGGGUAAUAUUCUUGACCUACCAUGUUGUUGUAAAGUUUACUGUGAUAAUAUGUGUGUAGUGCUUUGAACACUGUAAGGGCUGUAUAAAUGUCAAGUAUUAUUAUUACCAGUCAAGUAGUUGUCUCCAUUCAAAUGUCUCCAUCCUCUAUGCAUCUUGGAACUAUGCUAUUGGGUUUUGUACUGGGUGCUAUGACUGACUUUUCCAAAGAUCUGCUAUUCAUGACCAAAAUUUGUUUUAGGUAGUUUCCACAUGGGACUAGGCUUGUAUAGUUUCCUGUUGCUGGUAUGACUCCCCUGCCCAGCAGCGGCCUCCAGCAGCAACCAAUAUUAUUUCAUUUUGUUACAAACUUUUCUCUUAUAUCUCUGCAAUGAAAGGAACUAGAGACUUUUUAAAAAACCCUGAAAACUGGGAAACCACAGAACUUUAUUGUUAUAACGGUAUUAUCAGUAUAACAUAACAUUGUUUUUAAAGGCUUGCAGGUGGUGGGGAGAGGAAAUAGGAAUAGGGUGCAAGGUCCAGGAAGUAUAGCAACUAUGUUUGCCCAUACAUGCAAUGACAUACUUACACAAGAUCUUGUCAGCAAUCUCCUCUCUCUCCCAGGUUGUACUUUGAGGAGCCAUUUUGAGAAUGAAAUAGCUAUUAGGUUCACUUCCUGAAACCUCAGUAUUGUGUGCACAAUAUAUUUGUGGUGGAAAGUGCCAUCAAGUCUGAGCUGACUUAUGGCGACCCAAUAGGGUUUUCAAGGCAAGAGAUGUUUGGAGGUGAUUUGCUAUUGCCUACCUCCACAUCAUGGCCCUGGUAUUCCUUGGAAGUCUCCUAUCUGAAUACUAGCCAGGGUCAGCCAUGCUUAGCUUCCGAGAUCUGACAAGAUUGGGCUAAGCUGGGCUAUCCAGUUCAGGCACACUUCCUCAAGUGGAAAUGCCAGUGAGGAUACAAUGAAUGAUUUAGUGCAACUGGCUACCACUUCCUUUUUAAAUGGCUGCCUUUACAUAAGAGCUCAUUUAAUAUAGAUGGUGUGGCUUAUGAUGAGAAUAUUUCCAUUCCUGGUAACUAGGCAGCCAAUUGUUUUGGGAUUAUCUUGCCUUGCAUUAAAGCCAUUCGUUUCUAUGUAAUAGGAGAUUUCUGGCAUUCUUUGUUUCUAUGUUGAACUUCCCAAAUCAUUUUCCAGGCAAGGUGACUGCUACUUUUUAUGCUGAUACUACCCAGUACGCCAUAUCUGACAACAAGAGUCUUCUGCUCUUUGCAUUUCUCACAUUUGGGUUUGCUGAAUCACAGUUUAGUGUUGCAAAUGGGUGAAGAAAAGUUUGUUGUCGAUGCCUCUGUUACAUGCAAUGGAACAAAAAGUUGCUAAAAUAAAACAUUAAUUUUA